AUGAACCAACCAGAACAAGUGUCAACGUUGCCCAAAAUGCCGACUUCUCCCUGUAGGGGGCGCACGGCCAUUUGUGAAGAGCCUUCGAGGAACUUCAGUCACAUCAAUCUGGAGUUACUUAUGGUGGGGGAACCUAAUGGAAUUAGCUAUAGUCCGCACCAUCUGCAUUCACGUGCAAAACUUGAUCAAGGCAGACACGCUAGGCAUCCACUUCAAGAUGAGUAUUCCAAAGCACUUGUCAAGCAAUUUGCCUCUUUUGGACAGAUGCCUACUAUUCAUACAAUUAAGAAAAGAAAAACGUAUACUCCAGAUGAAGGCAUAAAGAAUGGAAUGUGGUCAAUUACAAUACCAAUGACAUUUGGUGAUGGGCUAAAAGAAAUUCAAGGACGUCCAGUGGCUUUUCUCAAUUGUUUAGUUGCCAAUAGCAUUUUCUUUUUGACUUUUCCUUUCUCAACUAUACCUGAGAUGAUUGGUUUUCUACCACUCUCAUCGCCACGUGGUAGUCAGUUGAUGGCAGACUGGGAGGCUUGUGCUACUUCCAAUAUUGUGGUGGUAGCUGAUAUGGAGACCUUUCAAUCAAACGAUUCCUUUCAAACCUGGACCAGAAUCAGGGUACCUCCAAGUGUUCUGACUGAUGAAGAAAGAAGCAGUGUGUCUGAUGUAAGCUUCUCUCUGGAAGGAGUAUUUUUUCUAAUAAAAGGUAUUCUUUACAUAAAAAGUUUGCAUGAAUUUACAAGAUUGGAAACAAAUUUUAAUCUACCUGAUGAAAUUAUUGGCAUCACAACAAGAAAAUGGUGUUGGGACAAAUAUUUAUUCAAGUCACCAAGGUUUGGCCCGCCCACAGGUCUCCUCCUCCCGUUACCUGCUCCAGGGUGUAGUUCCCCUCUCAGCCACAGCCUUGAAGUUCGGGUAAUGGUGGUGAUCCGCCACUCAAAAACUGUCUGCAGGUCUCCUCCCUUCCAUUGCCUGCGCGAAGCUGUGGCCCCCUUUCUGUGCCUCGGCUCUUAUGCUCGGUUAAUGGUGUUGAACACCCCAGUCAGAGCCUGUCCUCCCUCCUGUUACCUGUGCAAAAGUGCGGGCUUUCUCUCCACGCCUCAGCCCUUACGUGCAGUUAAAGACAAAAGAAGUUAUAUAGCAGUUUGGACAAGAGAUACACUUUAUCUUGGAUAUGAACACCUCCAAUUCAUCAAAGUAAUAGACACAAAUAAACUGAAACAACUACUAUAUGUAUCACCAGCUUCUUUUCUAAGUAUACACAAUGUUGAGUAUACAGAACAUCCUUUGGAACUUGCAUUGUUAUUGGAGUCCUGUGUAAGUUGUAACAUCUCCAAAAAAGUUUACCUUAUAAUAUAUAAUGAAGAUACUGAACAAUUAACAUUCAGGGACUUGAAAAUGCUGAUCACUUCUGACAGUCAUUUAAGUAUGCAUUUUGCCUUUUCGGCAACACCAGAAUUCAUUCUCACUGACAAGCAUAGAGUAUACUAUUAUUACCAAAAUUUUGCUGAUAAUGGAAUUUUACAAACACCUACUGAAAAUGGAAAUUUAUCAAAAUUAUCACAGAACAGCACUAUUCAUCAAGUUUUCAUGGAUUAUUUUGGAAAUAUUAUUGUAAAAAUGGAAAACAAUGAUAUGUUUUUUUUCAAGAAUUAUAUUAAAGAGGCAGUAAAGCUACAUUCAUGGACAACUAACACAAAAAAAUCAUUAAUUUCCAUGUUGCCCUUUUCUCAAGUAUAUUUCAUAUAUGUUUCUGAUAAUGGUGAUAUAAGUACACAGGCAUAUCCUUUGCAACUGGAAGUACAAAAUGUAGCUUUCAGAAAAAGAGAGGUGUGCCCCUACAUUGCAUUUCAUAGUAAUAUUCUUGAUGAUAUUUACUUUUUGGAUAAGGGACAGAAUUUGUCAUUUUGGGUUCAAGUAGUCUACCCAGAAAUUAGAAGCAUGUAUAUACUUAUGGAAUCUUAUGGGCCCAAUAUAUUAGGAAAGAAAGAAAAAAAUAGUUAUGAAGCUACCAAGGGACGAAGCACUAAAACUAAGGCAAUAGAUUUUUUUCAGAGUGGAAAUUUUGAGGGUGUACAAGAUUACUUCAGGUUGCAAAACCUUAAAACAGGUAUUGUACUUUUUAGCUUUAAGCCUAGUGACAGUGGGCAUACAUGUCUAAAUCCCCAAAAGAUUUUCCAAGUAGCCAUUGGCUGUGAUUCUACAAAGUACAUUAUUGUUAAAGGAUUUGAAGAAAAAAAUUGCAUUCCAUAUGAAUUUUUAUACGAUAUUGAAAAGUCAUAUCUGAGACAUCACCCAUCUAAAAACCUGAGAGUAAAAUAUGACUGGAAAAUAUAUGGCUGCCCAUUAAGAGUUAAUAUUAGAGAUAAGUUUCAACCUUUGAUACAAUUAUACAAUGAAGAAGGCUAUGUUGAAGAUAUUUAUGUAAAUUUUAUAGUGUGGGAAAUAAAUGGCAGAAAUGACUAUACCUUCAAUAAUACUAUGGCACAAAGUGGUUGUUUGACUGAAGCCCAGACAUGGAAGUCAAUGACUGAGCUUAACAAGGACAUUCCACUAGAAGAUGUGUGGGGACCAGAGAACUAUGUCCACUGUUUUUCUUAUUCUGGAAAACGAGUAGACUUAAAUCAACCAUAUGAGAUUAUCAAUAAGACUAACAAAAAUCAUUUAGUGUGGCCCACGGACCAUAUUGGAAUGUAUGUGUUUCGUGUGAAGAUACUGGAUCCAAACUAUAGUUUCUGUACCUUAACUGCUCAAUUUGCAAUAGAGACCUAUGGCCUGAUUCCCAGGUAA